AUGCUCAACGCAUCCUAUAUCCAAAUCCUUGUGGUUCUCGGUUUGCCAUAUGCGGUUAAGGCCGUGCGGUCGUUCUUUGCAAAAGCACCCCCGCCAUCGCCACUCCAACGCUUAAACAACAAGCAUAAGGAAGACAUAUCUCCAAAGACUCGUUCAUGGAAUCGGUUUAUAUUAGCCUUGUUGAGUCUGACAACUCUUUACCAUCUCUAUAAUGUCGCCUUAUACAAUCCUCCUAAUAUCUUUCGGGCACUCUCUUUACCUCCUGACUGCCCUAAUUUCAUUCUGCAUCAGUCGUGGAAGGAAUACGCGGAUCACCAUCCAGGUUUUAUGGACAAGUAUCCGGAUUCGAUGCGAGAGCGAUUCAAAGCUAUGGAGUAUCGACUUUGGUAUGAGGUAUAUGGGCAAGAUGCCUUUUUGAACUGUGAUCACUGCACAGAGCAGUCGGAUUUCAUGCUAUAUCUCAUCCCUGGAGCAUUGGCUUCUUAUAUGAGUAUGGGUAUUAUCUUGGGCUUGGCAACCACUCAAACCUCACAUCUAAACAAAUACAGAAGUUGGGGAGCUGCCGCCUUGGUUCUAUUUGCGGUGCUUGAAUACGGAAUUUACCAGAGAAGCGCUGGUUUCGGGACGCUAAAUGGCCUCAUGAAUGACGAUGCCUGGUUGGUAGGAUACACGGGUGCACAUCGUCUUCGACAUGGUGCUCUCGCUUUGAUGUCGGCGGUAAUCAUUGCACUUUUGCAGCGAUCUGGCCGUAGUGGUGGAUCGAGGGAUGAGAUAGAAAUCCUCAACGAUCUUUGUCAUGCGCAAGAAGCCAUGAUUCAGAGACAUCGGGCACUUCAAUUGGCCAGAGUCGCAUCGCUGAGGCAUGAAACGUUGAGGAAGCAGUUUGUCGAGUAUUGGAAACGACGGGAGAUUGAGCACAGUCUUUUGUUAGGCGAUAGCGAAUAUAGGGAGGCUCGUGAUUUAGCCCUUAGCAGGAUAGACAUUGAUGCCAUUACACAACAGGCUGACCAGUACAUCGAUGCCAUCAUCAGCGCAGGAGAACGCGUACCCGAGAUGUCUGAUGAAUUAGAUACCAGCUCGUCGGUGACUGAGGAUUUAAAAAAAAGCAGUUAG